CGCAAAAAUAAUUUUUUACAUUAAUUAUAUUCUAUAAACAUAUAUUUUGAAUAUUUAUUAUAAGUAAGAUUUCGUAUUGUUUUAGUGCUGUGUUUUAAUAAAAGUGUGUUGUGGAAAAUAUAGAGUGCAGUUAGGUUAUCAUCUACAUUAGGUCUAUACCUACAAAGAAGAUGACAAGUGUAUUAGAAGAACAAUGCGUGAAGAGUUAUUAAUAUGGCACAUAAUAAAUAUUGCGGUGGAGUCAGACUGCGGAAGGAAGGCGGAUGGAGAUGGCAGGCCAGGCUAAUAGUCGCUGCAAUUACAUUUGCGUUUGCAAACUCACAAGAUAUAUCGGCGUGCUGCAGCAAGGCGGAGGGGACAUGUCGCAGUGUGUGUGAAAAGAUGUCUCUUGUGGAGAUUUCAUCAGAUUCUACCAUGCGGGAAGAGAGGAUUCAACACAUAUAUAAGUUUUGUGCUCCACAAUCUAUCGAGUUUUGGAUAUGCAUGAACCAUACGAUUCAGGAAAUAGUGACUGGCAUGGGAUGGUGGGGUCGCGGUUGCUGUGUCAUAGGGCACUCGACGUCGUGUCGACACGCGUGUGCUACCGCUAAAGACGCGAGCCCUCUGCGGGCAGCGUGCAGACAGUCGGACGAGAUCGCCCUGUUUGAUUGUGUACAAAGUCAGGAACAGGCCCAGUCGUGCUGCUCGCAAGCAGACUCGCUCAGUUGCUACGAGGCCUGUCAAAAGGUGUUGUGGCGUGUUGGACAGGCUCGCGUGGAGCUGGGCGCCCGAGAGCGGGCGAUGGAGGCCUGCGAGCGCUCGCCUGCCUUGCUGCGCUGUCUUCAAAACAUGACCGUUUCUACAGUACAAGUUGAUACUUCAAAAUAUUUGCCAUGCUGCAAAGGUGUAUCCAAUGUGAAAUGUAAGACUGCAUGCGAGGAUGUACUUAGUCGUACCGGAGAUAUCAACGAGAUUACCGAAGCCUUAUUCCAAAGCUGCGGCAUGCCAACUUUACACAAAGAUAUGUGGCAAUGCUUCCUGCAGAAGGACGCGCCACCUGAUACCAAAGAUCUUUUACCACAUGCUGCAAAUAAGCUACAUUGCUGCCGAAAGGCAACAACGAUACAUUGCCGAAACCUGUGUUUCAACGCGUUCAAUUUUGAUGUUGGAUGGGAGCAUUGGAAAAAGUUUGAUUCUGAAUGUUUAGGGGAACCUCUGGAGGUCGAAUUGUCUGAAUGUUUGGAAGAGAUUGAGUAUCCAUGUUCUCUGGGUUGUUCGGGUCUGACGUAUUGUAGUCAUUUGAACAAUCAUCACACUAGCCUCUUUAGAUUUUGUUCAACAGUAGCUGAUUUAAAUUCACAUUUGGAAGUAGCGGAACAAAGAGCUAAUGGCGUAGUGACGGUAUCAGGAUAUCGCUUGCAUUUGAAAAAGAACUCAUCACAACUCACUACAGAUAUGUGGAAAACUGUCACCUGUGCACUAAAUGUGAAGCCUUGUACGCCGAAGGGACAGAGCAGCCGGGUGUGCAUGGCGGACUGCGUGCGGCUGGUGGCGGGCAGCGUGGAGUGGCGGCAUGCGCCCGCGCAGCUGUCGGCCCAUGCCCUGUGUGCGCGCCUGGCGCCGCGCGCGCCCUCCGCGCCCUGCGUACCGUUGCGGCACUACGCGGCGCCCGGUACGGAAAUAGCGCUAAUGUCGCCGCAAGAAGCUGUGACGUCCCCAUGCGGCGGGCAGGUGUGCGGGGCCAGCGAACUGUGCGUCAUCAAUCGGAAUUGUAUACACGGAGACCACUGCAAGCGGUACGCCUGCGAGCCUGGCUGCCGACUAGGUGAUCGCACAAGUACCGUGGUACCGAUAGGGUCGCAUGUGCGGGUGCCGAUGGUAGGGUCAGGAAAUACGGGGGAAGAGGGGAGUGGGGCACAGAAGGCUUGCUUCAAGGUGUGCCGCUGCACAACAAAGGGACUUCGCCACUGCCAGCCUCUGCCCUGUCUCUCUCUGGAUAACUGUCGCCUACAUGACAAGAUAGUCCCACAUGGAGAUAAAUACUACAUGGAGUGCAACCAAUGUGUGUGCACGAUGGGUGAGCGCGUGUGUGCGCGGCGAGCGUGCGGCGGAACUCGGGCGGUGCGGCCGCGGUUGCCGUGCGGCUGCCCGCCCCAUCACCUGCCAGUGCAUGCGCCAGGCCGGACCUUCCCUAACCUGUGCCUCGCCAGAUGUGCGGGCGCAACAGACGCGGUGAUCGAGUUUGCGCCGCGGCCGCCGUGCUCGGGCCCGGACGCGGGCGCGUGCGGGCGGCGCCACGCCUGCCUGCCGGCUCGGAACGUUUGCCUCUCGCGCUUGCAGACCUCCUGUCCGCAGCACGUCUGUGUAAAUAUAACAGACUGUAGCUCCCAGCCGUCAACACCGGUUUGUGAUAUGGACGGCAAAACUCAUGACAACCCCUGUCAUCUCGUGAUGAGCGGCAGCAAGUUCGCCUACUGGGGACCCUGCCUUAAUAGAUGUUCUAAGGCUAGUGUAGUAUGCGGCGUAAAUGGAAUAACUUACACAUCGGAAUGCGCUGCAUGGGCGGAGUAUGUGACGGUAGAUUAUAUGGGACCCUGCUUAGCGGUCGGUCCUAUAUCAGAUUUUAUGGAGCCCAAAUGUACUAUUGAUAGGAUUACCUGCCUCCCACUGAAGAAUCCAAAGUGUCUUGGAUUUACAGCGCCAGGUGCCUGCUGUCCAAAAUGUGGAGGAGCUCUUCGUAUCCUGUAUUCUAAGAAACAAAUAGACAGAGCUCUAUAUGGCACAAACAUUUCUGCUACUGCUAUAAAUCUGAAUAAAAUUCUCAAAGCUUUAGAAAGGCAUGUCACAAUAGCCGAAUGUGCUUUGAGAGGAUAUUUAACCAUAGAAAUGGAAAUCUUUGUUACCAUCGAAUCGCUUUUGGACAAUCCGACUGACUUACAAUUGAGUGUAUGUGUUCUGGAAGCUGAGAAAUUGGCUGACCUCAUUAAUAGGGAGAGUGCACUGAUGUCUACAGAUUUAGGACUUAGUGCUUUAACAUAUGCGUUGACAGUUCACACGUACUCCAACAUGGGUGUGAACGGUGCAAGUGUAUCAUUUGUAGUGACUGUAGUAUCUUAUUUUACUGUGUAUAUUUUAAGAUAAAAGUUGGCACAUUUAGUAUUAAGUAAAAUGUAUAUAAUGUAGUCAGGUGUACAUAAAUUUGUUUACCAAAUAUAACAGUGCCAUUAUAAGAAAUUAACCAACUUAUUAAAUUGCUUUGGUCUGCUUUAAAUGUAUCUUGAGCACUUAUUGUUGUACAGUAUGUACAAAGGUGUGUAACGUGAGUUCAUUGUGCCAUCCAUAUAAUGUAAACACUGAAGUUGUGAUACCUUUUGUUUGCAACUUAGAUGAUGUAAUGACUGAAAUAAGAUUUUAAUAAAGACAUUAAGUAGUCCUUUUACCAAAUAUGAGAUUAAGAUGACUAUUUGUUAAUUAUAUUUUGUUGAUUGUGAAAUAGAUAUAUUUAGUUAUACAAUUAAGAUUCAAUAUUUUGAA